UCAGGAGCAGUGUGUGUGUGUUUAGUCAUGAGUUUCAGCAGCCGCUCUGUGGGCUCCAACGCUCCAAUCCCCCGGCAGGGAAACUCUUAUUUCGGCUUUGGGAACAUGAUGCCGGCAUCUGGAGCCCCGAUCAGACCUGUGUCUGUGAACAGCAGUCUGCUGGCGCCGGUGGAUCUGCAGCUGGACCCAGAGCUGCAGACAGUGCGCAUGCAGGAGACACAGCAGAUGAAGACGCUCAACAACCGCUUCGCCUCCUUCAUCGACAAGGUUCGCAAACUAGAGCAGGAGAACAAGCUUUUGGAGACCAAAUGGCGGCUCCUACAGAAAGAGACUAAAGCGGAGUCUAAACUGGAGCCCAUGCUGAAGAAUUACAGCACUUCCUUACAGAUGCAGCUGGAGAGAGUAAAGAAAGACAAAGAGCAGCUGGACAAUGAGCUCAGAAAAGCCCAUGCACAGGUCCAGGAGCAAAAGCAGAGGUAUGAAGAUGAGAUUGGCAACAGAAACAAAGCUGAAAAUGAGUUUGUUCUUCUGAAAAAGGACGUGGACACGACAUACUUGGGUAAAAUUGCCCUGGAGGAAAAAUUAGAAACAAUCCAGGAAGAGCUGAACUUUUUCAAGAGCUUCUAUGAGCAGGAGCUGGAGGAGCUGCGGGACGAGGUGAAGGACACGUCUGUAGUGGUGCAGAUGGACAACAGCCGAAAUCUGAACAUGCAGAAGAUCCUCGCUGACGUCAAGAGCCAGUAUGAGGAGAUUUUAGCCCACAGUCGCAAGGAAGCCGAGGCCUGGUACAAAAACAAGUUUGACUUGGUUUCAUUUCAAGCUAACCAGUGCAGCACAGAGCUGAAAAACAACAAAGGUGCAAUAGAUGAGUUGAAAAGGAAAAUCCAGCGCCUGCAAAAUGACAUCACCUCAGCUAAAUCACAGUGUGAGAACGUGGAGGAGAAAAUCAAAGAGGCGGAGUGUGAUGGCAAGGAGGCCGUGCUUGAUGCCACUGAGCAAAUCCGCCUGUUGGAGCAGGCACUGCAGAAAGCCAAAAUGGAAAUGGCCAGACAACUUCGAGAUUACCAGGAGCUGAUGAACCUCAAACUGGCUCUGGAUAUCGAGAUCGCCACGUAUAAGAAACUACUGGAGGGAGAAGAAGACAGGAUUGGCCGAUAAUUCACUUUAAACAUCCAUCCAAGAAUCGGAAUGAUCAAGAAUCUGAUUAUACAAACAUCUUUAAAUCAAUCCCUGUGUUUUACUGUCAAGGGGAGGCCUAAGAGGGGUGAAAAAUUGCCAAAAGGAGAGAAGAUAUAAAGUAUAACAUUUGCAUUGUACUCGAAUAUUAUUUCAUUAAGUGUUUUUUUUUGCUGUUACGUUACUUUAAACAAAUUCUUAAAAAUAAAACAGUUUUGUGUAUCUU